AUGAAUCCCAAAGAGUCCGGAAUCGCAGUCGUAUCAAUAGGAAUGUCUGUGUUUGCAAUAGGAAUGCUUUUGCUAAUGGAUAAGGCAUUGAUGAUAUCCGGGAACCUCCUGAUAGUUGUGGGCCUUGGACUGCUGUUGCGAUCCAAAUCACUUGCAUUAUUGAGCAUCGAUAAAGCGCAUGGCAUGGCUUUGUUUGUGAUGGGAAUCGUGUUUCUGAUCUAUGGAUUCUGUGCGUUUGGAUUUGUUCUGGAAGCUUCUGGACUAUUUGUGAUGCUAAAAGACUGCAUUCCUACAUUCAGGUCUGUGCUCAAGAACCUGCUGUUUUCAAGGCUUCCUAUGUUCAUAAGCAAAAAGUAA